AUGAUUGCCAGUGUCUCAGCAGAAUCUCGUGACCUUGUCCUGAGUCAUGGAGUGUUAAUGCCCUUAUUGGAACAAUUUAAUGAUAAAACAAAACCAACCAUCGUAGAAAAGGCAACGAAGACAUUGUCAAAGCUUUGUCAGAGAAAGCCUCGGUUCGAGCAGGUUAAAUCUGCCAUCCUACCUCUUGCUCAUCUUAUCCAUAUAGACGAUGUAGCAGUCCUUUGGUAUGCAUGCGAGGCACUAUUCCAUCUAACUUGUGGGGAAAUGGAUAUGAAACAAGCUGUGAUUGAAGCUGGUGUUUUCCCUCGUUUGUUUGAGCUUUUACCCAGAUUCAGGCACCAACAUUUGAUAUAG